AUGGAUAACAAGUUUCGUCCCAACAAUUACAAUCAAGGGUGGAAAUCUCAUCCUAGCAUGGGACAAAGUCAGUUUGGGCAAACUGGUGGUCAAUUCAACAAACCACCACAAAAGCAGCAACAAUGGCAACAACAACCCUCUCUAUUUGACAGAACUAUAAAGCUUGAGGAGACUCUCCAACAAUUCAUUCAGGUUGGUCAAAUGGCCAAGAAGUUGGAAGAGAUGCCUAUUAGAAGUUUUGGGGCUAAUACUGAAAUUCCCGAAUAUGCUGAGUUUUUGAAGAAACUCCUUAAAAGAAAAGAAAAUUUAAAAGAGGAAACAAUGGAGGUACAGGAAGAGUGUAGUGUGAUCUUACAAAAGGCACUUCCUCCUAAGGUUGAAGAUCCAAGAAGUUUCACCAUUCCUUGUACUAUCGGAAAGCAUAAAAUAGGGAAAGCCCUAAUUGAUUUAGGGUCUAGUAUUAAUUUGAUGUCCUUAUCUGUUCUUGAAAAGAUUGGUGGUCUUGAAGUCAAACCGGCAAGGAUAACUCUGUUUAUGGUUGAUGGAUCCACCAAAAAUCCCUAUAUAUGGUGGAAGAUGUGA